AUGCUGUUUAAUAUUUACCUUUUCUUUACUUUUUUUUCUACCAUUCUUGCGGGUUCUCUAUCAGAUUUGGAAAUUGGUAUUACCAAGAGAAUACCAGUAGAGGAGUGCUCAGUUAAGGCAAUGCCAGGCGAUAGAGUCGAAGUUCAUUACACGGGUUCUUUAUUGGAAUCGGGAACCGUCUUUGACUCAAGUUAUUCAAGAGGCUCUCCCAUCGCUUUUGAGCUAGGCGUCGGCAGAGUAAUUAAAGGUUGGGAUCAAGGUGUCGCUGGUAUGUGCAUUGGCGAAAAAAGAAAGCUGCAAAUUCCGAGUUCUUUGGCCUAUGGGGAAAGAGGUAUCCCAGGCGUCAUCCCUCCAAGCGCUGAUUUGGUGUUCGAUGUCGAAUUAGUGAAUGUGAAAUCAGCCGCCUAG